AAUUCGACAGCGUGUUACAUUGUAAUUGUUCCGGACAACACCCGUUGGAAAUGGAGGGAGGUGGAAGACCGCACCGAGGCCGUGGCAGCGGCGGUAGAAGAGGAGGUGGUGGUGGAAGUGACUCUGGCUUCUCUGGUGAGCACAGAGGUGGUCGUGGGAGAGGUAGUCACCACCGUGGAAGGGGCAAAAGGGAUCAUUAUCGGGGAAGAGGACGCGGCACUCAUGCAGCGGACUUCUUCGGCAGCCGGGGCCAAGAUGUCAACGAUAAUGCAGAUUUUGAGGACGAGGGGCGCAGUGUAUUCUCCAGGAGAAAACUUGAAUCAAACUGGGACCGCUAUGAAGCGUCCGAGCUGGAAGAACAGAAUAAGGACGUGCCUGUGCAGAGGGGUACGGACUACCAUGCGCUCCUGGGCUCAGCGGGGGACUCGUUCUCACAGUUCCGAUUCUCUGAGGAGAAAGACUGGGAGGUGGACUCACUGGCUGCUCAUCAGAUGGCGGGUGUGUUUGUGGACCUGGCGCUGCUGGCCCAGUCUCUGCAGGAGCUGCCCCUCCACCAGCGGCUCAGUCUGGAGUCCGAGCUGGUCCAGGCGGCCACACCGGCAGAACUGCCUGCUGUAACCAUGGUGAGCAAACCAGACACCAACAAGCUAGGUGGAGUGGGUUUUAAGGCCACUACUCCUGUGCCCAAAAGCCUGGUGUCCGGCACAGGCAUGUCCAGCCCGGCGAAGAAGACACCGGUCAGCGCCGAGGCCCAUAUCUCCUCCAGUAAACUGGAGGCUCGUACGGAGGAGGCAGAUGAAGAGCUGGACCUACUCCUGGGCUUGCAGAAACCUGUAACUGAGCUCUCUCUCUCAGAGUCGCAACCCAACAAUGCUGCAGAAGAGGCUACUCCAGUCGGGGACCAAAAAGCAGCUAAUAAGAAGGAAACCGAGGAGGUCGUGGACAGGCCGAAGGAAGAGGAAACCGCACCCCAACUAGUGGCUGGGAAACAGGAAGUGAGUGAGGAGGACCUGGAGGACUGGCUGGACAGCAUGAUCUCCUGACCCCAGAGAACUUUCGCACAGAACUUUCCACUUGGUCUUCCGACAGACACAAUGGUUAGAAUCUGAUGCAGAACCGGAGGUGCAGCAACGGAACCCACUCGCCUAUACAGCGCAGACCAUUCCGCCAAAAGACCCGCGCUUAACCAAUCAGCUUCGCUUCUGUCAAAGUAUUCUGUUUAACACCAGGGUUUACUGACAGGGCUAAAACAAGCAGAGCUACUGACAUUGUUGUUUCCUGCAAAGGUCUUAGACUUAACAUGUAAGACGCUAAGCAGGUGCAAGGAUGUGCCUAGAGUAGUGACUCUUGUAUGGAUGCGCGUCCUUGUUCUCUUUGUGAGGCAUAGCUCAGACCAACAGGUGCGGUGAUGCCCUUGGGUGACUUUGGGGCUUUAUGUCUGUGGAUGGGAUUGAUGUGCUCAGAGACAUGACUGACAGCUGGGAAUUAUUGCAUCGGUUGCUUUAUUCUUUUCCCCCCUCCCCAAAAAGAAAUGGCGAUCACCAAAGCUACUACAUACAUACAAAUGGCCAUACAAUAGCAGUUUACUUUUUUUUUUUUGUUAUUCAAUAAACUCAUAGUUUGUUCUAAUUUUUUUUUUCUUAGCAGUGAAUUUAUCUGAAUGCUGUAAUCGGGAUCAUGUGCAGGUGGCUGUGAAGCCCCUUGCAGUAGCCGCGAACAAAUCCAAACUGAUAAACACUUAUUGCUAUGGUAACUUCUGUAUUCUAGAACAAACUCCAACUAAAGCCACAAAACUAACCUAGAUGUAACGAUGACUCACUACUUCAGGUCUAUAGCACUAAACAUUGAGGAGGGACAAAGUGUUAAUUUCUUAGUUUUUUUGCAUAGUUUCUCUUUCUAAGGCACUUUGACACUUGAUAAUACAUUAAAAUGGGCUCAAGUCGUG